AUGACCAUGUAUCACUACCACAAGUCGUCUGCGGACCCCAAGGUCUCUGACGAAAUGAAAGAAUCCCGCGACUGCUAUUGCGAUGGACGUGACAAGUAUACCGCUGGCGAUUACCAAGCUGCCUACGACUCGUUCCAAAAGGCCGUUCAAAUGCAAGAAGUCUUGUUUGGAAAGUACCACGAAGACACUGUAAAAAGUUACUGGUGGCUAGGAAAGGCAGCCUGUCAGACGCAAACGGAACCCCAAGAGGCUCUCAAGGCAUUUCAAAGAGCCACGAGAACGGGGGAAGUAGCGCUCGGCAAGACCUUGUAUUUGGAAAUGUGCCAAGACAUUGAAGAAACUUUGGCCCUAAGUGGGUGGGCCAAGGUACAUGCCUUCAAGAAAUCCAGUAGUAGUCCCACCUUACUAGGAGGCAGCAGUCGCAGUCUUCGUCUCAAUGGAAGCGGUGGAUCAAAUCACAACCACAAUUCUUCUUCACUCAGUCUGAAAAGUCUCAAUGGUUCUGGAUCCUUGCGAAAUCUCAAGACUUCCAAAAAGAAACUGAUGAAAGUAUUGCAAGAUAUCAUUGGCCACGAACAAGAAGGCGAUCGAUAUUUCAAACAAGGCCGUUACACCAAGGCCAAUCACUACUAUGGAAAGGCACUUGCCUUGCAAGACGAAACGAUGGGAACGGACAGUUUGGACGGGGCUGACAUUCGUUGCAAACUCGCGUUUUCAAUGCUCAAAGAUUCCUCGGCUACCAAACAGCAAGCGGCACAAACCUUGCAACUGGCCUAUGAAUGCUACAUGAACAAGGUUGGAGAGAAUCACCCUGCCACGUACGGAGUGGCGGCCAAGAUGAAAACCAUUGUGGCCUAA